UCUUGACACUGUUUGCGACAAUUAGGGACCGCUUACGGCACGUCGUAUGUUCAUUUUGAAUUCAUAUCGCAAAUAUCAGUCUUCGGGUACAUCAUGGCGUGGCUUGAAGUUCUUUUGGCGUUUCUUGUUGCUCCUGCUUUAGCAGAUGACAGCCCGCAGAACCUUACGACAGCCUAUAGAGCACCGAUAGUCCAAGAUGCAUUGGACUAUGUACCCCCAGAAGUUCGUGAUGUGGGUAAUAUCACUCUCAUCUUUAUGGACGAUAUGUACUUCACGAGGGAGCAGUUUGAACUGAUAUUUGAGGGAGAAAAACAAAGGAAAGGGCUCGUUAUCAAAAAUAUGCUGUGGCCGAGGGAAAGGGGGCUUCCCACAGUUCCUUACGACAUUACUGCAGACGUGGAAAACGCGAGGGACAGUAUUCUGAAGGCGAUUGAGAACUGGGAGGAAAACACCUGCUUAGUUUUUCGGCCAGCCGCUUCCACUGACUCAUCCUACGUCCGGUUCGUCACAGGAAUUGGGUGCAUGUCCCCUGUCGGGAGAAUCACGCCGUACCUCGCUCAGAACGUGACCCUCGGGCAAGGAUGCUACCAGCCAAUGACCAUCAUCCAUGAACUCGGUCACGCCAUAGGCUUCACCCACGAGAUGAUGCGGAGCGACAGAAACGACUACAUCACAGUCAUCAAAGAGAACAUCAAAAGCGCCAAUAGAAGGAAUUUCCAGAUGGUGACAGAAAAAGUUUAUUCUGGCUACAAUGUCGAAUUUGAUUACUCUUCUAUCAUGAUGUACAACACAAGGUCCUUCACCAACAACGGAGGACUCACCCUGAAGACGAAAGACCCGAUGCUCCAGGGCAUUCCAGGAACUUCCCAACGUCUGUCGCAUCGGGACGCAUUGUUGGCGAAUCGAAUGUACGGUUGCACAGAAAUGUGGGCCAGUGACUGUGGCCUUGAGGAGGACUAUUGCAAGAACGACGGCUACUUAUCGAAGAACUGUCUCUGCGUUUGUCCUCCCGGGACAGAAGGAAAUCGGUGCGAAAGAGUCGUGGGAGGCUAUUAUGAUAGACUCAAGGCAGCAUGUAACCAGGUAAUAACGAAGGGAGGAACCAUUAUUCAGUCACCAAAGUAUCCAGGAUAUGAAGACGGUGGGACUUCUUGCGUUUACCGUAUCAUCGCCCCUGAAACUGACCUCAUAGAGAUAACAUUCGAUUUCUUCAACAUCUUUGAAUUUUACGAUGUAAGAUGCAGACUCGCUACAAUGCUCUUCAUUGAAGAUAAAAUAAACAAGACCACAAUAACGUGUGGGAAAGACUUCCCUCCUGGCAAAUCUUACAAGUCAAGCACUAACGAGGUCAUAGUCUUCUUUGACAUCCGAGAUAUGUUCGACACCAAAGGUUACAAGGGAAGAGUGGAAUUCAUUCCAAAUGAAAGCACAACUACGGUCCAGUCGACCUCAACGACUACGACCUCGACGACUACGACCUCGACGACUACGACCUCGACGACUACGACAACACCUACAACCCCACUCACAAUGAGAACCACAAAAAUGACUACGACACCGACAUCUACCACAACAAGGAGUACAACUACUACAGGAACAACAACUACUACAGAGACAACACACCCAGCAACGUUGAAAUCAACAACAGUGGAGGAGCCAAAAACAACAUUGAUGGAAGAGACAACAACAACAAUGAUGAUUGUCACAACACAGCACGCAUCUGCCGCCUCCAGCACUGAUAAGUCCUUGAAGUUACCUUUUUAUUUCCUCUUUUUACUAGUUCUUCCCAGCCUAUUUGAAUUCUACUUCCAACAGUAAAGAAGGCGCAAUUUUCUGUCAAAUUUUCCUUCUUUCCAUGUAAAUUUAUAAUUACUGUCAUCAGAAUAUAUUUCCUCAACCAAUGGCAGUCCAUUUGCCAUGCUGCUUUCCACUGGUCUCGGACAAAGAACUACGGGAGUAGCUUCCACUAUUCCAGUAGAGAAGAAAAAUAAAUCGCUCUCCUCUUGGUAGUGGGGGACCCGAUAUAAUAUAGCAAUGGUUGUGAAGUCCAGUAUUAGCCUCAUUAGCAAAGCUCUACUUUCCUUAUCAGCUCUUCGCAGAAAAUAAGCUUUUCAUUGGGACUAAAAAUACUUACAUCUUGUUUUAAACCCAUUAUAAUGAGAGCAAUUUCUAAACGAGAUUCUUGUUAAUAAUGUGAUGAAUUUAUUCAGAGGCAGUUAAAAAGGAGAUUUAACCUUCAAGAAGGCCCUCCACUGGCGCCAGAUACUUUCGCCAGCCAAAGACCUUUAGGAAAGGAACUACAAGUGAAUCCUGGGCUAGCUGUUGCUUCAAUACUACUGCUCCCAAUUGAAGUAUCCAGCCUUGCGGCAGCAUUCGUCAAAUCGAUACCAUAAAUCAGGGUCCCCAAAGAGCGACACCCAGGCAGCACUGGGUAAUUACAUGCUGUCUUUUCUGAGAUUAGUAUUUCUCCCUCUUUUUUAUUUUUUAUUUUUAUUAUUAUUUUUUUUUUCGAAGUAUCGCCUCUCUACAACCUUUCUCUCACUAUUGCUAUCGUUCUCUCUGAAGACAAACAGAUAUAUUAGUUACGGAUUCAUGUAUACUUGAUUUUUAGAAGAAAUCUGUGUUAUAUAUCAUUUGUGCAAUUUAAAAAAUGUACCAGGAGUAUAAAGUUAUUCAUUUCAGGAAAAAUGUGAUAAAAUCAUGUUAUAAUCAAAGAGUAAUAAAUAUAUAUCUAAUAAA